UGGUUUACUAUACCCCCGGCUUCAAGACUCCUUUGUGCACGCCAAGAAUGCCAUUUUUAUCCUAUUUCAGUUAAGAAAAUAAAUCAGGCAGUAAUAAAUUUGCACAUAAACUACGCAUCAUACAUUAUGCAACUACAGGGUGUCAGAAGUCUCCAAACAUGGGGACUAUGUAUGGCAGCACCACGUCGGUUGUGAAUUCCUCAGCGGAUGUUUGUGCACGUCCACUCCUCGGGUGUUCCGCAGCACUUCGUCGUUUUGAAUUUGUUAAGUUUGGCCACAGUGUCGUGUGUGAGACGCGCUUGCCAUGUUUCCGUAGUGUAUAUAUAGACUUGUAUAUUUCUCUCUAUCACACAUGGGAGCUCAUUUAUCAAGCUGGAUGUGAAUGGAUUUAUUAAUAAAAGUUCAUAGCAGCAUUUACACCAGACAUUUUGUUUCCAUGAAAAUCCUGUAAUUUCAGAAAAAACUUUAUCCUACGUGUGCUCCUGAGUGUGUGUAAAUUUACACACAAGAAUACGAACUACUAUAAACCCAGAUUGAUGAGCUUCAUUUUGUAUAAAUCGCAAUGAGUUUCUGCACUUUUCUAUACGGAUUAUGAUGUCAAGUUUAAAUAGCUUAUGUAUUUCAAUUACACACAAAUAUAAUGAAUAUUUUGUAAAACCCAGUCAAUUCAUAUUAAAGGCAUUAGCGAAAUUAUUAAAUAUGAAAAGAAAUUAAGAAAGCAAGCCAAUAUAAAUCCAUAAAUUUAAAAUCAGUAGUGCAUUAUUGAUUAUUUUAAACAGGCACACUGUAGGCCAUCUAAAUAACAACAUAAUCAAAUUUUGUAUUUUUGAUAUUCACUUGUAAAAUUUUGUACCUAAAUGAAUUAACCAUGUUCUGUGAAAAAAGCUUUUUAUCCCAGUUUAUUAUUUUGGUGUGGUGUCCCAACUAUCUAUAUUAUAAUACACUCACCAUCCACUUUAAUAGGAACAGCUGUACAUCUGCUCAUUUAUACAGUUAGCCAAUCAUGUGGCAGCAGCACCAUACAUGCAGUCAUGCAGUUACAGGUCAAGAGCUUCAGUUAAUAUUCACAUCAAACAUCAGAAUGAGGAAAAAGUGGCUCUCUGUGACUUUACCCGGAGCAUGGUUGUUGGUGCCAGAUGGGCGGAGUAUUUCAGAAACUGCUGAUCUCCUGGGAUUUUCACAUAACACAUUCUCUAGUGUUUACACGGAAUGGUGCAAAAAACAAAAGACAUUGAGUGAGCGGCAGUUCUGUGGGUGGAAACUCCUUGUUGAUUAGAGAGGUCAGAGGUUAAUGGCCAGAUUGGUUUGAGUCGCCAGGAAGGACAUAGUAACUCAUAUAGGUACUCUUUACAACCGUGGUGAGCAAAAAAGCAUCUCACAACUAGAUAGCUGAAGAUAGAAAGGUAGAAAAAAAUCACCUGAUCUUUUUGGGUGAGUCUGUGCCCAUGAUAGCCUCAGGUUCCUGUUCUUGGCUGACAGGAGUGGAACCUGAUGUCCACCUCAAGGUUUGAUGUGUGUUCUGAGAUGCUUUUCUGCUCACCGCAGUUGUAAAGGGUGCUUAUUUGAGUUACUAUAGACUUCCUGUCAGCUCGGACCAGUCUGGUAAUUUUUCUCUGAUCUCUCUCAUCAGCAAGGUGUUUCAGUCUGCAGACCCUCUGCUCGAGUUUAUUUUUUUUCCCCCACACCAUUCUGUGUAAACUCUAGAGACUGUUGUGUGUGAAAAUCUCAGGAGAUCAGCAGUUUCCGAAAUACUCGUACCAGCCGUCUGGCACCAACAACCACACCUCAGUUGAAGUCACAUACAGUACCAUAUAUGUACAAAUGGUGUCACAGUGCCAAAUGAUGCAUAGACACUACUGUUUUUCAGACUGCUUCCUGGAUUCCCCUGUUUUUGUAAGUAGCCUGUAUGUUUAUGUGCAUACACUAUUUGCAUUUUUCGGAAAAUUUAAAAAUACACAACUUACAGUGCAGUGAAAUGUGAUGUUUGAAUUCAUUGCAAAGUGAGCGUUGAAAUUUGCUCACGCACUUCACAGACAAAUUUGCUGAGAUCAGCUUUCUCACAAAGCCAGAAGGAGAAGUGGUCAUUGCUUACAUUUUUGGUUAAGACAUAGAUUAAGACAGCACAGUCACAGAGUGGGACAGAGACAGUAACAGUGUAGGGGGCGGGGGAAAACAGGAGCUUUAAUAUUAAAGUGGAGUUGGUGUGGAGAUCUGAGAGUGUGAACUCAGGAUGAAGAUCUUCCUCAUCUUCACCCUCUGCCUGAUCUCAGAUGGAGGAGCCUCCAAGGAAGUAACAGGAUAUUCUGGAGGAGGAGUCCUUAUCAAGUGCGAGUAUAGUGCAGAGUACACACAAAACCCAAAAUAUUUCUGUAAGGGUUUAGCACUAGGCUGUAAUUACCAAAUAAUGUCAGAAACUAAAAAUGAGUGGGUAAAUUCAGGAAGAUUCUCACUGUUUGAUGACACCAAAUCAGCAGAGUUCUGGGUGAUGAUCAGAGAGCUCACUGUACAGGACACUGGGACAUACCAGUGUGGAGUUGAUCAGUCGUUGAUAGACAUUUACACACCAGUGGAACUGAAGGUAAAGAAAGGUGCCGUGGGCAUUAGAGAAGUGGCUGCUUAUGAAGGGGCAAGGAGCAACAUCAAGUGCAGAUAUGAGGAUGAAUACAAAUACAGAAAAAAAUCUUUCUGUAAGAUUGAGACAGAUCAGUGGGGUUUUAAACAAAUAAGUACAGAACCAAACAGCGAAUGGGCACAUGAUGGCAGAUUCUCAAUUCAUGACAACAGAAGUGCAGGAUUCUUCAGCGUGUUUAUCAGAGAGCUGAAUAAUGAGGACUCUGGAACAUAUGCAUGUGCUGUUGUUUUGCCUGAUGAAACAGAGAUCUACACUGUAGUGAAGCUGAAUGUAACAGAAGAUUUAUCCUAUGAGAAGUCCAUCAGUAAGACAGUCCAUGGAGGAGGAGAUUUGAAUAUCAGCUGUAAAUACCCAGAAUCCCUCAGGAAUGCCCCAAAGUUUCUCUGCAAGAGGCCUAAAUUGGCUGCUUGUUUUUAUAAUACAACUGUUCCAGAAAGUAGAAAAUACAUAAGUGAGGGGAAGUUCACCCUGUAUGAUGACAGAGAAAGACAAGUCUUCACUGUGAGCAUCAAAAAUGUGAUUGAGCAGGACUCUGAGGAAUACUGGUGUGGAGCUGAAGUAGCCUGGAAAUCUGAUCAUGGAUACAAGGUUUAUUUCACACGGAUCAACCUGACAGUUACUGGAUUUCCAGUUUCCAUUGUGAUCACUGUGUGUUUAACUCUGCUGGUGCUUCUGAUUGGAAUCUCUAUCCUCAUUGUGACUCUCCAAAAGAGAUGCAAGUAUACACACACACACACACACACAUCACCCACUUAUGUGGAUGAUAUCAUCUCAUGUGUGUACAUGCACACUGAGACCUUCAACAAAGUCACAAUGUCACUUUUCCUAUUUUCUACACUCUGAGCCCAUGCUGGACUGCAUAUAGGUUUUGGAGCGAUCUUGUGCAUCUUGUGACAAUGGUCUGAGCUACAGCUUUUCUAUCCUCCAAAGCUGUGAUAGAUUCAUGUUCUGUCUUCUGUUCCUUUUCUCCACCAUAUUGAGUGCAUCCUGUCCUGGAUGUGUGUAUCCUGAGUGUUG